UCGUGAUAAUUAUAAUUACGUUAAGCAGUUAAUGUGAUAACCAUAGAUUAAAAAAGAUUAUUGAUCCCUUGAAUUACGUUUUUUAAAUUUUAAUCAGUCUAUUUAUCACGGUGUACUAGUAAAUACGAGAUAUGUUAUUACUUGUACUCGUGGGCCUGUUGGCCGCUGCGAAUGGCGUUCCAAUAGCCAACGAAGAUGCUAGAAUAGACAUAUCGAAUCCCUACGCUCUUCCCGGUACAUCCAUACCCACUUUCUACGACGUACGCCUCUUCUUCGAUCCGAACAAUGAAGAAUACUUCUUUGGGAAUGUCACUAUUAGGGUUAUACCAACAGAAAAUAUAAACGAGAUAGUUCUGCAAGCUAUGGAAUUGGAAAUUGACUCGAUUGAAGUAUUCGCCGAUACUGAUUUCAGUCAACAAACAAAUUUGUUCGCAAAUUACACAUACUCUAAUGAGACGCAUUUGUUGAGGAUCGGACUGGACACAGAUAUAGGAGCGCAUCAACCACACGAGAUUAACAUCAACUAUGUUGGGCACUACGCUGAUAAUAUGUUUGGAGUUUACUUAUCUACUUAUGAGGAUAAUGGCAGAACUGUAAAACUUGUGACCACUCAAAUGCAGCCGACGUUUGCGCGUCGUGCGUUCCCUUGCUACGACGAGCCUGGGUACAAAGCUGUUUUCAGGACUACCAUCUAUGCUCCCUCUGAAUACCCCGUUGUACUAUCAAACACUCCAAUUGGGGAUAUAACGAGGCAACCAAACGUACCAGGAUAUGUAAAAUAUGAAUUCGCCGACACUCUGCCAAUGUCGACUUAUCUGCUUGCAUACGUCGUGUCCGAAUUUGAACAUAUUGGCAAUGUUGAUAGCAAUGGAAACCUUAAUAACGAUGCCAUCUACAACAUACCAUUCCGCGUAUAUUCAAGACCAGGAACACAGAACGCGUCGGAAUUUGCUCUGGACUACGGACAGAAGAAUAUGGUCGCUUUUGAGAAUUACACCGACUUUCCAUUCGCAUUCCCAAAACUGGACAAAGCAGCGAUACCCGAUUUCACGGCCGGGGCUAUGGAAAAUUGGGGACUGGUACUGUAUAGGGAAGUAGCUCUCCUGGUAACAGAGGGAGUCACUACAACCGCCACAAAACAGGGCAUUGGCAGGAUCAUAUCCCAUGAGAACGCCCACAUGUGGUUCGGAAACGAAGUCAGUCCUGUUAAUUGGACUUACACGUGGCUAAACGAAGGCUUCGCUAACUUGUUUGAGAGUUUAGGCACCGACUUUGUACUACCAGAAUGGCGUAUGAUGGACCAGUUCGUGAUAUCUAUGCAGAACGUGUUCCAGUCUGACGCUGUAUUGAGCGUUAACCCGAUGACCCAUACAGUCCGCAGCCCAUCAGAGAUAUUGGGAACAUUCAACGCCGUCGCUUACCAGAAAUCUGGCUCCGUUAUUCGCAUGACACAACACUUCCUUACCCCUGAAGUAUUCCGACAGGGCAUUGUGAAAUAUUUGAGAGCUAAUUCACGAAAGGCAGUCGUUCCCGGCGACUUGUUCGCGGCUCUCCAGGAAGCUUUGAAUGAAUCUAAUCAUUCAAUACCGUACACGGUGGCGGCAGUAUUAGACAGAUGGACCACACAAGGUGGAUUCCCGGUCAUCAACGUCAGGAGAUCCGCGCCAGCCGCUAACUCUUUGUCUCUUGACCAAGAAAGAUUCCUAUUAGACAGAAGUCAAUGGUCCAAUGAGCGUUGGCAUGUACCACUGAAUUGGGUAUUGUCCACUGAUGUAGACUUCUCUGAUACUAGACCUCAGCAAUGGUAUCCCGUUACAUCCUCACAUUUGUCCAUUAAUAUACCCGGACUCUCGAAAGCUGAGUGGUACAUUAUUAACAAACAACAAACAGGUUAUUAUCGUGUGAACUACGACGUUUCCAAUUGGCAGGCUUUGGCUAGAGUUCUGAACUCGUCCUCGGAAUACUUACAGAUUCAUGUGCUGAAUCGAGCUCAGAUCAUCGACGAUUCGUUCAAUUUGGCAAGAAAUGGACGACUUAAUUACCUGUAUCCGUUUGAAAUUUCAAAAUAUUUGGUACAAGAAAAAGAUUACAUCCCGUGGGCAGCCGCUAACGCAGCUUUCAGUUAUUUAGACAUAGUACUCAGUUUCACAGAGGUCUACAACUUGUACAAGAGUUACUUGCUCAACAUAACGGAGCCGCUUUACAAUGAACUUGGAUUCAUAGCGUCGUCUGAUGAAGAACACGUGACAGCAUACCACAGGAACAUCGUGCUUGAUAUCAACUGCAGAUACGGGAAUGUGGAUUGCUUGAACAAAGCCUCCGAUCUGUUGGAACAAUCGAAAACUCAAUCCAUCAACCCUGACAUCCAGAACUUGGUUUUCUGCGCCAGUCUUCGCGGUGGUGAUAGAGACAACUUCGAUUACCUCUGGAGUCUGUACGUGGCAAGCACCGAUUCUACCUUCCAGUCUAUUCUGUUGAACGCCCUUGGAUGCACUUCAAACGAAGAAGCUCGGACAGAAUAUUUGAAUCAAGUCAUCGAUGACGACUCACCGGUCAGAGAGCAGGACAAGCAUACCGUGAUUGUUGCAGUCAUCAACGCAAGCCCAGAAAACACUGAAGCAGCAUUGGACUUUGUCAUAGAAAACUUCGAACUGAUUAAACCUAGAGUACAAGAGCUCAGUGGAACUACUAAUAUCCUGAAUGCCUUCUCCAGAAGGUUAAUAUCUGCAGAACAUUUGAGCAAGAUACAGACCUUCGAGUCACGUUAUGACCACAUCUUCUCCGCUGGCGAACGUGCUUCGGUGGCGGCCAUCAAGGAAAAUAUCGGUGCUUCGAUAGCUUGGUCUGAAGAUAACUUGCCAAGUGUCAAUUUAUGGUUAGACGAUAAUUAUGGAAAUAGUGCUGUCAUAUUUACGUCCAACGUAGUUAUGAUGCUUUUAGUUGUUUUAGCCAUUUUAUUCUAAUUUAACACUUAAUUUGUAACUAUUGAAGUAGAUCUAUUGUAAUAGAGUUUGUGAAAAAUGUAAACAAAUAAUAAUUUCACUAUAAAAUUGUCUGUUGAUAUCCAAUUGUAAUAAAUGUAAAUGAAAAAUCGAUCGAUCGAUCGAUUAAAUGUUUCGAUUUGUUACUUCAUUUAGAGAUAAUAUCUGUAAUCAUUUUAACAAUACUUCGAUAUUUUUUUCAUUAAAUUCUAUUAAAAUAGACAAUUGUUUAUUAUGUUUUAUUGCAAAAAUAAUAAAUAGAUUAACUUAGGUUUCUUGUCGAGAAUGAUUGACUAAAUUCAAAACCAUCUGGUACCUUUAAUCUUAAGUCGCCUUUUUGCGAGUAUGCCUAAUAAGAAAUACACUUAAAUUAUUCCGAUUAUAAUGUUUGCAACAAAGUAUAAUAUAUACUAGUACUUGUACUCGUGUCAAUAAAAUAGUUCAUUAUCGUUAUAUUUAAUUUAUUUAUUAUACAGGGUGAAAUCGAAUUGAAUCAGUAAUAAUGUAACUCUGUAAAUAAAUAAAUAAAAUAAUCAGUUUCGCUGGUAAUAUGGCAUUUGUAAAAAAAUGCUAACGAUUUGGACUUCACCCUAUAUACAUAAAUAUUAUUUAUUAAAUACGUGUUUUGAUUGUAUAUAAAUAAUUGAAGAUUCGUUAUCAGCUUAAAUCUAUUAUUGUAAAUAAUAAAUUAUUAUUAUUUUUAUUUUAUAUAAGAAAGUUUGGUAAAAAGUUGUGAUGGAUAUAAAUAAAAUGUGAUAUAGUUUAA